AUGAAUAAUGACCGGGAACAAGAAGAAGAUAUUGUUGGAAGUGCACAAGUAUCUAGUUCAAGUUCAAGAAAAGAGCGAAAGAGAAAAUCUCGUUGUUGGCUAUCCUUCACAAGAUUGGAUGUGGGUGUGGAUGGAGAACAACGUGCAGUGUGCAAUAAGUGUGGAGUCGACUAUAAGUGUGAUCCUCUUACGGGCACUACUAGUAUGUUACGUCAUCAUGACAUUUGUUACACUUCAGGUAAUGUGGCUUCUCCUCGCUCUGCUACACGUUCUUCAAAGUUUCACCCUGAAAAGUUUACAGAAUUGUUGAUUGAGGCCAUUAUUAAGCAUGAUUUGCCAUUUAGCUUUGUGGAGUAUGAAGGAAUUAGGGCUGUCUUUGAUUAUGUGUGUCCUUCACUUAAGCUGCCUUGUAGAAAUACUGUUAAGGCCCAUGUUUCGAAACUUUAUGAAAGUGAGAAGUCUAAGGUUCAGAAUAUGUUGAGUUGUGCUAGAGGGAGGAUUUGUUUGACUUCUGAUUUAUGGAGUUCUCAAACAACUGAUGGGUAUCUGACACUCACAGCACAUUUUCUAGAUACUGAAUGGAAAUUGCACAAGAGGAUUCUUAGUUUUUCUUACAUGCCUCCACCUCAUAAUGGUAGUGCUUUGGCUGAAAAAAUCAAUUCAUUGAUAUGUGAAUGGGAAAUUGAUAAGAAUUUGUUCUCAAUUACAUUAGAUAAUGCAUCUGCAAAUGAUUCUUUUGUUGAGAAGUUGAGAACUCAGUUGAACUUUAGGGGGCUACUUUUGCUAAAUGGGAAAUUUUUCCAUGUUAGAUGUUGUGCUCAUAUCUUGAACUUAAUUGUUCAAGAUGGAUUGAAAGCAAUUGAUGAUUCAGUUGUGAAAGUGCGAGAUUGUCUCAAGUACAUAAAAGGUUCAAUGGCAAGGAAACAUAGAUUUAUAGAAUGUAUUGCACAAGUAGGAAUGGGGGGGAGUAAAAGAGCAUUGAGACAAGAUCUCCCUACGAGGUGGAACUCGACUUAUAUUAUGUUGGAUAGUGCAAUUCAUUACCGUCGUGCUUUGAUCAACUUUGCAUUAAUUGAUUCUGAUUUCAAGUGUUGUCCAUCCCCUGAUGAAUGGGACAGAAUACAGACAAUUUCUAAGUUUCUUGGAUAUUUUUAUGAGGUCACUUGCUUGUUUUCGGGAACCAAGUAUCCUACAUCAAACUUGUUUUUUCCCAAAGUGUUUGUCAUCCAACAUAACAUCCAACUAGCAAUGAGACACAGAGAUGAUUUCAUGAGGCGAAUGGGAGAUGAGAUGAAUUUGAAGUUUGUAAAAUAUUGGUCAGAUUAUGGCUUGAUCCUUGGUAUUGCAAUUGUGCUAGAUCCUCGGUAUAAAUUGGAUUUUAUACAAUGGGCCUACAAGAAGCUUUAUGGCGAAGAGUCUGAGGAAUUCAAGAAAUUCAAGGACACAUUAGUUUCCCUAUUUGAUGUAUACAUGGAGAGGUGGUCUAACCCUGAUGAUACUUUAAGGAGUGAGAGUUGCUCUCAAACUGAAGAUGAAGAGAAUAUUUUGCAGGAUUUUGAUGCCUCUUACAAGAACCGGUCAAGUUCGAGUAUGAAAACUGAACUUGACAAGUAUCUUGAUGAUGAAAGGUUAGAUAGAAGAAUGGAGUUAGAUGUUCUUUCUUGGUGGAGGAUGGAGCAAUUUCGGUAUCCCAUACUUUCCCGUUUAGCUAGUGAUGUGCUCACGAUUCCUGUGUCUAUUGUUGCAUCUGAAUCUGCAUUCAGUAUUGCCGGUAGAGUACUUGAUCAAUACCGUAGCUCAUUAUUGCCUGAAACCGUCCAAGCCUUGCUAUGUACUAGAGAUUGGUUGUUUGGUAAGAAAGAUGAAGACCAAGUUGAUGCAGAUGAACUCACUGAAAAUGUGUUGGACUUAACAAUGGACCGACAAAGCCAAACCAGUUGA